AUGACCGAAACAGCAUCGAGCACAACCCUGCAGACCCUCCCUCUCGAGAUGCUGUACACGAUCCUGAAUCAAGCCAAGGACUACAAGGAUCUGCGGUCUCUCCUACUCACUUCGAAGCCCCUACACCCCGCUACGAAUGCAGCACAUCAUCGCCACGACAUUAUCUCUCUCCCGGCGUCCCCAACAGCCAAGAUCCGCCGCUUUACCUUCGGCAACAAAUCCGAAGGCCACGGAUCCCCGACGCGAUAUCUGACAGUCUUCACGUACGGGCUGGCUCCGACCUCAGAGGGUACAUCUUGCCCUGUCGAUCUGCUCGAUGAGAAUGAGAGCAGGGCGCGGGCGGGCCCCCGUGGCAAGGGAGUUUGGGACAGGUAUUCUGAUCCCAAGCCAAAGUUCACCAGAGUCAUUGUCGAAUCCACAGACCAGACUAGAAGGCCCAAGAUAGAAGCUCCUACGUCGGACGAAGUGGAUGCCGACGGUUCUGGUUCGGAGAACAACGAUGUGGAGUUCGACGAAUUGGACUACUUUCUGGACUGUGCGAGGGAGCGGAGCUAUCAACACCUGGGUCCGGUCAUGUCUGUCUUCCGAAGUGCUGUCAACGGUAAGAUCCACGUAUUCGCUUCCCAUGCCGAGGGCAUGGCGGAGGCGACCGACUCUCACAGCGUUACCAAAGACGAGCCGAAGGCCGAGGACGGGGCUGGACACGAUGUUAUCAUCGGAUGUCUUGACCCGAAAGGAAGCUCCUACGAUGGUAUCAUGGCCGCUCAUAUCCUCACAAAUGGCUGGAGCGACAAAGGUCCAUUCGAAGACUCCUGUACGGUACUGUACGGCAGCCGUGUGAGAGCCGAACGAGAUAUCCUGAAGGCAUCAAGUGAAUCCGCCAAAUUGGGCUUGGCUGCUGCAGGUAUGAUCAGCAAGUUCAAGGAGAGGCUUGUGACCGAUGUCCAGGAGAGCCUGGCGCUCAAUCGAUGGUCGCCGGGAGUCGAACCAGAUGGAACACUGGGGGAUCUUGCAACGGGCAUCGACGCGCGGAUCAGGGUGGUGUGGCUGGAGGAAUUCCUGGAGACCCCCGAAGGACAGCUGUUGUCAGUACACGAUGCGGGGUGGCAUAAUAUGCUCGCAACUAUGGGAGCCUGGAAAGAGGACAGGAUCACGGGAGCUUAG